UAAUACAACACCUCCAUAGUUAGUUAGUAGUUUGAUUAAAGUUGAUGAACCAUGAAGCUGUUUUUCUUAUUUCCCUUAACUCUCUUCUUCUUAUGUACCACAGCAUCCAUUUAUGAACACCCACUAGAUCCUUUAACCCCAUCCGAGUUCAAGUUGGUUCGAACCAUAGUCCUAAAAGCAUACUCAGCCACACCCCCCACACUAACCUUUCAAUACAUUGGCUUGGACGAGCCAGACAAAGCCUUGGUCCUAUCAUGGCAAUAUUCAAACCCCAAAACCAAAGCCACAAAACUGCCACCACGUCGAGCUUUUGUCAUCGCACGUUACAAAAAGCAAUCCCUUGAGAUCACCGUUGACUUGUCGAAACGCUCCAUUGUCUCCAGAAAAGUCCACACGGGCCAUAGCUUCCCCAUGCUCACGUUCGAUGAGCAAGACUUUGUGGCGGAGCUGCCUCAUAAGUAUAAACCCUUCAUCGAGUCUGUUAACAAACGAGGCCUUAAUAUUUCCCAUGUUGUGUGCUCGACUUUCACGGUGGGGUGGUAUGGGGAGAUAAAGAGCAAACGCACGUUGAAGCUUCAAUGCUUCUACACAGAAGGGUCUUCAAAUUUGUUUGUGAGGCCGGUGGAGGGUAUUACGGUGGUUGUUGAUCUUGAUGAGAGAAAGAUUGUUGACUUCAUUGACAGGUUGAGUGUUCCUGUGCCCAAGGCUGAGGGGACUGAGUAUGUUACUGCAAAGCAAAAACCUCCAUUUGGACCAACUUUCAAAGGAGCUGCUUUUCUUCAACCAAAUGGACCAGGAUUCAAGAUCCAUGGCCACUCUAUCAGUUGGGCAAACUGGGAGUUCCACGUGGGAUAUGAUAUUCGAGCUGGGCCAGUGAUUUCGCUAGCAUCAAUUUAUGAUAUUGAACAGCAUAGGUAUCGCAGAGUGUUAUAUAGAGGAUACAUAUCAGAGUUCUUUGUGCCAUAUAUGGACCCAACUGUGGAUUGGUUCUACAAGACCUACCUUGACAGUGGUGAAUUCGGGUUUGGCCAGUCCAUGGUGUCACUUGAGCCUUUCGCUGAUUGCCCAGCCAAUGCUGCAUUUUUGGAUGCAUAUUUUGCAGGAGAAGAUGGCAUACCAGUCAAAAUAUCAAAUGCAAUUUGUGUUUUUGAGAAGUAUGCUGGGGAUAUCAUGUGGCGACACACAGAAUCAGAGAUCCAUGAUGAAGAGAUAAGGGAGGUUAGGCCUGAUGUGAGCCUAGUGGUCAGAACUGUCUCUACCGUGGGCAACUAUGACUACAUCAUAGAUUGGGAAUUCAAGCCAAGUGGAUCCAUAAAAAUGGGGGUUGGUCUGACAGGAAUAUUGGGUAUUAAAGGAACAUCAUACACUCACGUGGAUGAGAUAAAGGAGGAUGUCUUUGGAACAUUACUAGCAGACAACACCAUCGGUGUGCACCAUGAUCACUACCUCACAUAUCAUCUGGACCUUGACAUUGAUGGAGAAGCCAACUCCUUCAUGAAGACCAAUUUGGAGACCGUGAAAAUAUCAGACAAGAGUUUGGCAAGGAAAAGUUACUGGACUGUGGUGCGUGAAACUGCUAAGACGGAGGCUGAUGCUCGAAUCAAACUUGGUUUGAAGCCAUCAGAGUUAGCAGUUAUAAAUCCCAACAAACAAACAAAGCCUGGAAACAAGAUGGGGUACCGUCUGUUCCCAGGCACAGUGGGACACCCACUUUUGGUCACAGAUGAUUAUCCACAAAUUAGAGGUGCCUUCACCAAUUACAACGUGUUUGUUACCCCUUAUAACAAGUCUGAGAAAUGGGCAGGGGGGCUUUAUGCUGAUCAAAGUAGAGGAGAAGACACUUUAGCAGUUUGGAGUUUCAGAAAUAGGAGCAUUGAAAACAAGGACAUAGUUCUGUGGCACACGGUGGGGAUUCAUCAUGUGCCUUGUCAGGAAGAUUAUCCAAUUAUGCCUACACUGAGUGGUGGAUUUGAGCUAAGACCAACCAAUUUCUUUGAGAGAAAUCCGGUCCUUAAAGCCAAACGACCAAAGCCUGUGCGUUUGCCCAAGUGCAAUUCUCAACCUUAGUUGUUUUUUUUAAGUCUACUUUUUGGUGCCCUUAAGCUGAAGGACCCCCACACGAGGGUUCUGUUCUGCCAUGCCGCAACUGGUUCUUUUAGAAACGUCAAGUUGAGUUGAUUUUUCGCUUUUGCAAUAAAAUAAUUGGAAACUUUGCUGUACUUCAGAAUUACAUUCCAAUAAAAUAAUAGUAUAUAGGAACAUUUUCUGUAACUUCAUUAUUGGAGUUAAGAAGCGCUUGUCAGUUGUUAGAAGAGGUGUGAUAAGGAGCGUUUUUAUUAACAUUUCUUUAUUUAAAAUGAUAUGUAUGUUUAUCUGUUUGUUUUUUUA